AGCUCUCUCACAUUGAUUUGUCCACUCCCUUUCCUUAUAACAACUGUUGUUUCUCCCUAGUGUCUUCAUCUCUGCAACAAGCUGAAUUUCUUUCAUUUCGCAUGCUGCUUUUGGCUCUUCAGUAGCCACUAAAGUCUGCUGGUUUACCUCGGUGACCCACAACUACUUAACCUAACCUAACUCUUUGUAUCAUCAGAGAUCCUACACUGACUUAUCACCAUUAACUCCCAGCCAAGUAUAUAUAAACAAGACCCUUAUUGUACUGUUUCUUUCCUUCAUUCUAGAGAGUUGUGGUAUCUUUAUCGAUCCUAGUCUUUGUCGUGAUUCUUCACUGACAAAAUAAAUUGUUGCAGUUGCAGUAUCUUCAAUCAUCUUCAAAAGCACAUGAUGAAGUCCUCGUCAGACUCCGAUUGCUGGAGCACAACAGCCGCAGCCUAAUUUCCGAGAGGUGUCGUCCGUCUCUUCGCUGACCACGUUGCGGGAAGGCGCGUCCGUUUCGACCCUUGCAGGAAGCUUUGGACAAAGCGGAGCUGCUCUCCGAGGACCUCAACAAUUGUCUUCCCCACGAGGACAUCAACAGAGGACUAGUCUCGCUGUAGUAGAUGCGCUGAACAUGAGCAUGAAGGCGCUGCACGAGGGCUCCCACGCGACCGAAGACGAAGGUACUGAAGACGAGGGCAUGGAAGAGGUCCUCGAUCAACUACGUGUACCAGGAGGAGCUACUGGAGCUCCAACAGCAUCUUCGGGUGUACCAGGAGGAGCUACUGGAGCUCCAACAGCAUCUUCGGGUGGUGGAGCCUCUAAAGUAGAUCCUGAGUCUUCGAAAUGGAAUUGGGAUCCGGCCCAGAUGAACCGAGGCCUCUUCGUCACGGGAAAUAGUAAAGUCAACGAGCAGAUCCUGGGUCGUAUUGAUCAAACGACUUCAGAGGCUGUUCCAGGAGGUAUGUCACCGAAUACCCGUGAGCGCAAGGCAAGCAGAGCUGCUUUCGUUGACUUCUUGGUCAACUUACCGGACCCCGUUGCUGUUGACCAAGAGCCGGCAAGUUGCUUGUUGACCAAGAAAAAGGACCCUGUUGACUUCUCGGACAUCCUCCAAAAGCAGAGUGUUCAAAAGACUUCUUCUGGUGGUGACAUUGAUAAAAAGGAGACCAUGGCAGCAGGCGGAAAGCCACAAGUCGAAGUCCAGCAGGAACAUGCAGCAGGAAAAUUGCAACCACAAGGUAUCCAUGCAGUGUGGAAGCCGAAUGUUGACCUUGUUGGGCGCAUCUCGAUGAUGAGGAAAAGCGCGGCUGAGGCGCAAGAGACCUUGCACGUCAGUCCGCUCUCCGCGCUAGACUUGGGUAAGGUCGGAUCGCCUCGCGCAACCUUCUCCACGGAUUUGAAAUCGGAGAGCGGAGCAGCACCUGUUCCUUUAGAUUCGCGAGGACGCCGCG